AUGACCAGGACGCCACCUCGUCGAAUCCCCCGUAGACGAGAUUCUUCGAGACAAGCAGCUUUUACAUUUCUUUCUAACAUCAGUCUUGGAACUGAAUCAUCUUUUCCACCUAGAACUACUACCACUACCACCACUAACAAUACUCAACGGGCAACGGCUAUUCCUAGCCACACAGAUCCAAGCCCAUAUAAUUCACUGGAAGAUAAAUUAAUUUCUGGUAAUUCCUCAAAUCUAUUACCAGUUCAAUCCAACGAUCAAGAUUUUCAUGAUUCAUUUAGAGGAAAUGGUAAACCUAAUACAAGUUCUAACACCAAAUUUGAUAAUAACAUAUAUAAAACAGAAAAUUCCACCAUAAAUGAUUUAAGUGAUAUAAGUGAUAAUCAGAAUUUACGUAUACGUCGUUUAACAAGCAAUAGUUUGCGCGAAAAUAAUAGUAAUAUGAAUAACAGUAAUAUGAAUAACAGUAAUAUGAAUAACAGUAAUAUGAAUAACAGUAAUAUGAAUAAUAAGAAUAAUAAUGCGCCAACUAGCUUUGUAACGAAAAUCAAUUGUAAACCAUCUGAGUUAAAAUUAACUCACUUUCCUGAAUUAUCAAAAGAAAAUAUGAUGAUAAUGACAACUAGUCCAUUGACAAGUAGUCCAAUGAAGGAAAAUAUGGUCAUUCCUCUAACUGGAAUUAGUGAUGUUUCUACAUUAAAAUCCGAAACGAGUUCAUCAUCUGCCAAUUCAAUGACAACUCCCGUAUCACCUCAAAACAACCACCAUCACCACGAUAACGAUGAAACUUCCCUAUCUCGUCGUAAACCUAAUCAAAGUCGUUCAAAUUUGUUUUCAAGUUCAUCGGCACCUUUAGGUAUUUUUUCAAUAUUAGGAUAUAACGAUAAAAAAUCCAGACAAAAAAAUCGUCGGGAUCAAUUAAAGCAAUUGAGUGAUAUGGAAUCAGAAAGAAGGAAGAAGGCAGAAUCAUAUGCACAUCUUUUGACACCUAGCAAUUCAUUGGGGAGUCAAGAAAUAGUGGUAAAAGUGACGGAUUAUUAUGAUCCAACUUAUUUGGAUAAUCCUGAAUUAAAAACAGAAAAGCAAUCUACUGUUGAUUCACAAGAUUUAAAAAGCAGUAGCAAACAUCGUACUGUUUUAAGUUUAUCUGGAUUUAUGGGAUCACUUAUGCAUCAUAAUACACGUCCUUCUGAUUUGAAGCGAGAAUCUAAUGCAAUUUUUCGUCAAGCUCAUCCAGAAGUUGAUCCAUCUUUGACUUUAAGUCAAAUUCGUAAAAUAAAAACAAAAUUAUUAAUAGCUUCUAGAUAUGAGGAUUUAGAUUUAGAGCUUUCGACAGUUGCCAAGGCUUAUGCAUAUUUUGAAAAAUUGAUUUUAAAGGGUCGUGUAACCAAACAUAAUCGAAAGUUAAUUGGAGCAAUUUGUUUAUUAUUGGCGAGUAAAGUGAAUGAACCAAUGGGAAUUUCAUAUUCUCCAUUGUUGGAGUCAUUACACAAACAUUUAGAAUUAACCACUAAAGAAAUUAUCGAACAGGAAUUUUCAGUUUUUUCUUCAUUGGAAUUCGAAUUAUAUCUUCCACCUUCAGAAUUCAUGCCACAUUUUGAUCGUAUCUUUAAUAUUGAAAAGAAGCAAACUAAACAAAAACAUCAUGGACGUAUUUCCGAAUUUCAAGCAAUUAUUCUUGCCGGAUAUGGACAUAAACUUUAUCCAUUAACUGAAGAAAAUAAUGUUCCUAAAGCAUUACUUCCAAAUGUUUAUGAAGGAAAACUAAAACCUAAUUUAGAAGUGAUUAAAGAAGAUAUUGGAACUGCUGAUGCUUUGAGACUUAUUAAAGAUAAAAUAAAGUGUGAUUUCAUAGUUAUUAGUUGUGAUCUAAUUACUGAAUUAAUGCCGCAUCACUUCUUGGAUUAUCAUCGAACACAUGAUCCAACAUUUACAGCAUUAUAUUAUGAACCUCAAAAUACGUUUGAAGGGGAUUCCAAACAAUUUGUAGGAAUUGAUUCCACAACCCAAUCACGUUUGAUUUAUGUGGCAUCGGGAGCAGAUUUGGAUGAAGAAUUUUCAUUACGGAUGUCAUUAUUAUGGAAAUUCCCUCGAGUAAAUAUUCAUACAACAUUACAGGAUUCACACGUUUAUAUAUUUAAGAGAUGGGUCAUAGAUUUAAUAGUUCAAAGAAAAGCUAUUUCUAGUGUAUGUGAUCAUUUGGUUCCAUUGUUGGUAAAAUGUCAAUAUCAAAAAUUAUUAUUGGAAAAAGAAGGAAUUGAUAAAUUGGCCAAUUCUCAAGAACCUUAUCAAAGAAUAGCACAUGAAUAUUCUACAACCAGAAAUGAUGAUUCAAAGAGUUCACCUGUAAGAUGUCAAGUGUAUAUAUAUAGAACAGGAUUUUGUAGUCGGGCAGAAAUUCGUAUGAGAACUCAGGUUGGAUCAGAUUCAUUAGUUGGAGAUGAUACAAAAAUAGAUGAACGUACUCCAAUCAAACGAUCUACUAUUGGAGCUCAUUAUGGAUGUACUAUUUGUAAUGGAGCUAAAAUAAUGGAAAAAUCUCAAUUAAAAGAUUGUAUAGUGGGUGGUGGAUUCAUUGUUGAACCUGAAACACAAGCAAAGAAUGAACAACUUUAA